GGAAAGUGAAGAAAGGAUCUUUGUUAAUCGACUCCAGUACUAUUGAUCCUGCAGUUUCAAAAGAGCUAGCCAAAGAAGCUGAAAAAAUGGGAGCUGUUUUUAUGGAUGCUCCUGUUUCUGGUGGCGUUGGGGCAGCUCGUGCUGGAAACCUUACAUUCAUGGUCGGGGGAGUAGAACAAGAGUUUAACGCUGCAAAGGAGCUGCUCACGUGUAUGGGUUCCAAUGUCAUCUACUGUGGAGAAGUUGGAACUGGACAGGCCGCAAAGAUCUGCAAUAACAUGCUCUUAGCUAUCAGUAUGAUUGGAACUGCUGAGGCCAUGAAUCUUGGAAUCAGGUUAGGUCUUGACCCAAAGCUACUGGCCAAAAUCCUAAAUAUGAGCUCAGGCCGUUGUUGGUCAAGCGAUACAUACAACCCUGUGCCGGGAGUAAUGGAAGGCGUACCUUCUGCUAACAAUUACCAAGGUGGCUUUGGAACAACACUCAUGGCCAAGGAUCUUGGUUUGGCCCAGAUAUCUGCUACCAACACAAAGACACCAGUCCCUCUCGGAUCUCUAGCCCAUCAAGUCUACAGAAUCAUGUGUGCCAAGGGCUAUGCCCAGAAAGACUUCUCAUCCGUGUUCCAGUUUUUACGAGAGGAAGAGAACUUGUGAACCUUUUUCUGACAAUGGACAUGAUUAGAAGCCAAGUUCUGUUUGGAGCCUCCUUAUUGUGAUUACUCAACAGAUACAUCGGUAUAGUCCAAAGAUCAUGAAUCAUGAUCUCACCCAUACCUAUUGCAGACUCCUGGAUUUAACAUCAAUUGUUUCAAACAGCAGGUUGUUAGAGAGGUUUUUAAAAAUUUGCUUAACAAAAAUACAUACAACUGAUUUAAAAACAUAGUAGGUCUUCAGCAAAACCCCGUCAAUAGGAAGCACACCAUUUGCACAUAAAACUGAUGCCAUCAUUUUCAGCUAGUCAGACAGAACUGUGAUUAAAGGGACUGGUAACUAAGCUUUCUACAGAACAAAACAUUUCAUCUUUAAAAACAGAAAAAGAGAAGGUUCUUGUGAUUAAGAAUUUUUCUGAUAGAUAUUUUUUUAAACCUAGUGUUGGCCUAAUAACAAAUUGUGAAUUUCUCAUGAGAAUAGUGAUGGAAAGUUAUGUUAAGAAAUGUACGCCAGUGUAUUGGAAAGCUGCUACUACCCGUAUGGUUUUAAAUAGUAGGCAUAGUUUAAAAAAACACUUGUCAAUGUGUGUGUAUUUCUACACUAUACUUUGCUAACCUAAUUUUGUACCUUUUUUUACCCUAUUCACAUUUUCAAAAUAUUUAUGUAUACUAAUCUCACUUGAUACACACUUGUUUUAGGCAACUACUGCAUUAUUAUAAAUCUAAAUAAGUAAACCCCUUUUCUUUGUAAUCCAAUA